AAAUUCGCUUGUCUUGUCUUGCUUAAACAUCGUGGCUUCUGCACCGAAUAGCGAACACUCUCUUGAGAUCUCAGCGUCGAUUUCUUUAUUCUUUUUUGGAAUUUAUUGGCUUUUUUUGCUUUUAAUUACUGGGAUUUCUAUUUGUUGGAUCUUGGAUUUGGCUGUGGAAAGGAAAAGUUUCUCAGAGGAUUGUAAAGAUUUCAUUUCGUAACACUCUGUUCUCGUAAACCAAAACAGAGCCAACCAACUUCUUCGGCUUUCUUCCUUCUCUAUCUUCCAACUGCUCCAACUGUCUAUCAAUUCCAAAUUUUCAGGAAAGGAAAAAGAAAAUGAGGGAUUAUUGCUUUGCUUUUAAUUUCUCAAGCGUUAAAUUUCUCAAAUCUUGUUUUCUUUUCUUCUUCUGUACUUUGUUUUCUGUCUUUCACAGUAUUCAUCUUUGUUCCUCACUAAACCCAGCUCUUGUUCUUCCUCUAAAAACCCAAGUGAUUCCUCCGGAAUCUGUCCGGAGAUCUCCCGAUAAGCUUCCUUUCCGGCAUAAUAUCAGUCUCACCGUCUCACUGACAGUCGGAACCCCACCGCAAAAUGUCACGAUGGUCAUCGACACUGGCAGUGAACUCUCAUGGCUCCAUUGCAACACAUCACAAAACUCUUCUUCUUCAUCUUCGACGUUCAACCCGGUCUGGUCAUCGUCUUACAGUCCGAUCCCUUGCUCUUCCUCCACCUGCACCGACCAAACUCGAGAUUUUCCUAUUCGGCCUUCUUGUGAUUCCAAUCAGUUCUGUCACGCCACUCUGUCUUACGCUGAUGCCUCUUCUUCAGAAGGAAAUCUUGCCACCGAUACUUUUUACAUCGGUAGUUCCGGAAUUCCAAAUGUAGUCUUCGGUUGUAUGGAUUCAAUUUUCAGCUCCAACAGUGAAGAGGAUUCCAAAAACACUGGUUUAAUGGGUAUGAAUCGUGGAUCUCUCUCUUUUGUUUCUCAAAUGGGUUUCCCUAAAUUUUCCUACUGCAUAUCGGAAUACGAUUUUUCCGGUUUGUUAUUACUCGGUGAUGCAAAUUUUUCAUGGCUGGCUCCAUUGAAUUACACUCCACUCAUCGAAAUGUCCACCCCAUUACCAUAUUUCGAUCGGGUAGCUUACACGGUUCAGCUCGAAGGAAUCAAAGUCGCCCACAAGUUACUUCCGAUACCGGAAUCCGUUUUCGAACCGGACCACACCGGAGCAGGUCAGACAAUGGUCGACUCAGGCACCCAGUUCACUUUCCUUCUCGGACCGGCCUACACCGCACUACGUGACCACUUCCUAAACAAAACCGCCGGUUCACUACGGGUUUACGAGGAUUCAAAUUUUGUUUUCCAAGGGGCCAUGGAUCUUUGCUACCGGGUUCCAACAAACCAAACCCGGCUCCCGCCUCUACCAUCAGUAACGCUGGUCUUUCGAGGCGCGGAAAUGACGGUAACCGGUGAUCGGAUUCUGUACCGAGUGCCCGGGGAAAGAAGAGGAAACGAUUCGAUUCAUUGUUUUACAUUCGGAAAUUCGGAUCUGUUGGGCGUGGAAGCGUUUGUGAUAGGUCAUCUUCAUCAACAGAACGUGUGGAUGGAAUUCGAUCUGAAAAAAUCCCGAAUCGGGUUGGCGGAGAUUCGGUGCGAUUUAGCGGGUCAGAAACUGGGGAUGGGCCUGUAAAUGAACCGGGCCCCUUUUGAUUGAAGCGUUUUAACUAUCUGGGUAACUUAUCACGUGAUAUUGAUUAAAAUCUUACGGGUUUUCGUGUGUAGUCGUAGGUCCAUGCUAUUAUGAUGGUCCUUCAUCUUUUAAUACUCUCCGUAUAAUUGGGUCCCACCUACCAUCUCAGAUAUUAUAAACUAAAAGAUAAAAAAAGAAGAAGCAAAAGUGAGUUUGAUCCUACGGAUGAAGUCAGUUUCAGUGAGCUGCGAUAGCGCCACGUGUGACAGUUUUCUUUUCUUUUUAUUUUUUUUCUCCCUCCCUAGCUGUACAUUUUUAAUAUUCAUGAGCUUUUAUGUAAUAAAUAUAUAUAAAGAAAGUAAAAUAUUAAUUA